AUGCAAAUUUCCGUCAAGGUUGCCUUGCUAAGUGGGCAGCAAGUUGUGAUGAACGCGGCUCCUGAAAUUUCAAUCGAUGAUCUCAGAAACUCAGCAGAAGAGGAACUGGGACAGACCUUGAGUCACUUGGUCGCUCCCUCUGGGAAAGUAUUAUCUCGAGCCAGCACAGUGGAGGAAGCUGGCUUGCAAGAUGGAGAGACACUGACAGCUGUGAUCUGUGGUGACCGGAUAGUGUCAUCUUGCCGAUCGAGGGCUUUCGCCCUUAUUCGGAGCGAUGGUUCUUUGGUGACCUGGGGGCAUCCAAGUUUCGGAGGCGACAGUAGCACGGUGUCUUUGUCGGAUGUUCGGGAUAUUCAAGCAUCCCACGGAGCUUUUGCAGCUCUUCUCUCUGAUGGGUCUGUUGAAACCUGGGGACAUGCAUUCUUCGGAGGCAGCACUGCCCGAGUACAAGCUCAACUCCUGAACGUUGUCAAGAUCGAAGCAUGCUUUUGCGCUUUCGCGGCCAUUCUGGCAAAUGGCUCCGUGGUCACUUGGGGGUACCCCGAGGUGGGAGGGGACAGCUCUGCAGUGCAGGACGAGCUGAAAGAUGUUUGCGAAAUCACAGCAUCAAAUGGUGCCUUUGCGGCACUUCUGGCAAAUGGUUCUGUCGUCACUUGGGGUAAUGAAAACCUAGGUGGCGAUAGCACCGCCGCCAAAAGCCAACUUCAGAACAUUCGAGAGAUUCGAGCUUCCGGAGGUGCUUUCGCUGCCAUCACGACGGAAGGUUCCGUGGUGACCUGGGGUUCGCCAAAUCACGGUGGUGCCGGUGGUGCAUCAGCGGUCCAGGAGCUGACAACCGUACAGAGCAUCCAGGCGACGAACGACGCAUUCGCUGCAAUCCUGGCAGAUGGGACUGUAGUGACGUGGGGUGAUCAGGCGCACGGCGGUGACAGCAGUGCUGUCCAACGGGAGCUGAGAGAUGUUCAGCAGAUUGAAGCCACCGGCGGCGCCUUUGCCGCAAUUCUGGCAGACGGUUCCGUGGUGACGUGGGGCGAUGCAGAUGCCGGUGCAGAUUCAUCCGCAGUCCAGGCAUCACUUCGUGGAGUACGUCAUGUCCGGGCUUCACGUUAUGCCUUCGCUGCGAUUCGAUCCGAUGGAUCCGUCGUGACCUGGGGCAACCCUGAACACGGAGGCGACAGCAGCAAAGUUCAAGACCAAUUGAAAGAUGUCUUGCAAAUUGAAGCCUCGCAGCGGGCAUUUGCUGCUUUACUGGGAGAUGGGUCGGUCAUCUCUUGGGGAAAUCCAGCAUUUGGAGGUGGGGGCAUCCCAGUCGACGAGUUUGGAGAAGCACCCCAUGGACUUCGAGAUACUUGGCAAUUACCACUCUCGUAG